UGUCAUUACAUAAGUUGGUUUCAAAUCCAGCAAUUCUAGAACUCUCUGUCUGCUCUGAACAGUUAAACUUACAAAUACUUCUAAACAAUCUUUGGAAAUCCCAUAACCCCUAAAAUGGCGACCGAGGAAGAUAAAAGCAUUGACAAACUUAAGGCAACUAUGGUCAACUGCAAUUUGGAUGCCAAGGAUGCAGAUGAUUUUGCUGAAUUCGAGGCCACUCUUUCCAAGAUCGAUGAUAUAUUGAAAAACGGUGCAAAGGACGAUGAUGAGCCAGACGCAGAUGGAAAGGUAAAGGAGAAGAUCAACUUUGAUACUAUAGAUGUGGACAAGGUAAAAGUCAAGGUGCGCGAGAAUCGCACGGUGAUCAAUCGGAAAAGUAUGCAGGAGGACCAAGACAAUCGGGCCAAGACAAUGGACCAGCAGACCUUCAUGGAGCAGGUGGAGAGGGAUGCCAAUGAGCGUGCCCAGACGCGGGCCAAUAACGAAUACGAAGCUGAGAUACAAAGAAACCAGGGAAACGAAGCCUUUCGCAACGAAAAGUACGAGAAGGCAAUUCUACACUAUGGCAAGGCCAUCGUUAAGAUCAAGGAUAGUGCCAUUACCUACAAUAAUCGCGCUUUGUGCUAUAUAAAGCUUCGCAACUAUAAACGUGCUUUGAUGGACUGCCAGUAUGUCAUCGAGAAGUUGCAGGAGACUAAUCUGCGCGCCUGGCUCUACCAGGCCACUGUCUACAAGCGCUUGAAGAACACCGAGAAGUUCGAGGAGAGCGUGGCCAAGGCCCGCGAACAUAAUCCCAAACAACUGGCCUAUAUCGACAAGUACAUCAAGCAGUUGGAAUCCGAAGAGUAAAUCUCUCCAAUUAAUUGAAUCUAUUAUUAGUUAGUAAUACUCACUCAGCAUAAGCAUC